AUGGCAGCGGGCAAAGGGAGCCCGAAAACACCCGUCUUCCCUGGCCCGCAGCUCUGCUCCGGAGGGAAGCCGUCCACCCGACGCCAGCGGCUCUGGCCGCAGCCAGGAGGGCAGUCACGCUGGCAGCUGCGCUGUGCAAGACUCGGCCCUCGAGGCUGGAGAGCAGCGCCAGAGCAUCCCCACCGGUUGCUUCUUUGCAGGUUUGAGGAGGCCCUGCAGGAAGCCCGGCAGGUAGAUAAGCUGCUUUCGGAGGGCCCCAGCGAUGACUACCUGGAGGAGAAGUUCCCCUUGCUAGGGGUUCCCAUCACCGUCAAGGAGGCCUUUUCUCUGCACGGGAUGCCCAACACGUCUGGCUUGGUCAACCGCCGCAAUGUGAUUGCUACCUCGGAUGCCACAGUGGUGUCCCGGCUGAAGCAGGCUGGUGCCAUCCCACUGGGCGUGACCAACUGCAGCGAGCUGUGCAUGUGGUACGAGUCCAGCAACAGGGUCUACGGCCGGACCAACAACCCCUAUGAUCUGCAGAGGAUCGUGGGCGGCAGCUCAGGCGGGGAGGGUGGUGUCCUGGCAGCUGCCUGCUCAGUCAUAGGCGUGGGCUCCGACAUCGGCGGCAGCAUCCGGAUGCCUGCCUUCUUCAACGGAGUCUUUGGCCAUAAACCCACAACAGGGGUGGUGCCUAACGACGGCCAGUUCCCAAACGCUCGAGGGGUGCGGACCAGCUUCCUGUGCACGGGGCCCAUGUGCCGCUACGCAGAGGACCUGGAGCCUAUGCUGAGGGUCAUGGCUGGUCCUGGAGUCAACAAGCUGAAGCUGAAUGAAAAGGUGUCGCUGGAGAAAAUUAAAUUUCACUGCAUGGAUCAUGAUGGCGGGUCCAUUUUUGUGUCACCUGUGGACAAGGAGAUCUUGCAGGCCCAAAAGAAGGUGGUGGAGCACCUCGAAAGUGAGCUGGGUGUCCAAGUUCGGCGUGUGGCAAUCCACAAGAUGAAGUAUUCUUUCCAGAUCUGGUCAGCCAUGAUGUCGUCCAAGGACAGCGAUGGGCAGGAGGCACAGCUAUUCACAGACCUGCUGGGGGAUCACGGGAAGCCGGUGUGGCCGCUGUGGGAGCUGGUGAAGUGGCUCAUGGGGAUGUCUUCCCACACUCUCCCAGCUAUUGCCCUGGGCCUGACGGAGAAGCUGAUGAAACUCAACCCUGGUGGGAAUGCCAAGCUGGUGAGCAUGGGGAAGAGCCUGCAGGAGGAGAUGGAGGCCCUGCUGGGGCCUGACGGCGUGCUCCUCUACCCCUCGCACCCCACCGUCGCUCCCAGGCACCACUCCCCCAUCUGCAUGCCCUUCAACUUCGCCUACACAGCUAUCUUCAACGUCCUGGGCUUGCCGGUGACGCAGUGCCCGCUGGGCCUGAGCAGCGAGGGCCUGCCGCUGGGCAUCCAGCUGGUGGCAGCCUCCUACAAUGACCACCUGACGCUGGCGGUAGCCCGAUACCUGGAGAAGGCCUUCGGAGGAUGGGUUUUACCUGGGAAAGUUUAG